UGAGGGCCUAGGUCUCGGGACCGAACCGUGAGAAGCCAUGCAGAAGGUUGGCGGCAGUGUGUCGUCGGGGCGGCCCAUCAAGUGUGUGGUGGUGGGUGAUGGCACAGUGGGCAAGACGUGCAUGCUGAUCUCGUACACGACGGACUCCUUUCCGGGCGAGUAUGUGCCCACUGUGUUCGACAACUAUUCGGCAGCCAUGAUGUGCGACGGAGUGCCCGUCAGCUUGGGCCUCUGGGACACUGCCGGCCAGGAGGAUUACGACCGCCUCAGGCCACUCUCGUACCCACAGACAGACGUGUUCCUCGUAUGCUUCAGUGUGGUGAGCCCAUCUUCAUUUGAGAAUGUCACCUCCAAAUGGUUCCCCGAGAUCAAGCACCACUGCCCUGAUGCACCUAUCAUUCUUGUUGGGACCAAGAUGGACCUCCGCGAAGACAAGGAGACUUUGCAGCAACUGUCAGAGCAGGGCCUGUCGCCAAUCAAAAGGGAGCAGGGCCAGAAGCUGUGCUCCAAGAUCCGUGCCAUCAAGUACCUCGAGUGCUCAGCCCUUACGCAAAGAGGCCUCCGACAGGUGUUUGACGAGGCAGUGCGGGCAGUUCUCCGGCCAGAGCCUCUGAAGCGGAGGCAGCGGCGGUGCAAGAUCGUCUAGGGCUCUUCUUCCCACCUAGUUUUUGUCCGAAGGGUGGUCGUCGUCCAGCGUCGUUUCUCAGCCCCUGUGUGAAGCUUGUCUCUACGCCUAGACCCUCACCGAGGACACAUAGGUGCAAACGCAUCAACAUAAGAAUAGAGUGCCGACUAACUGGGCAGCACUUAUUUGUGUCGUGCCAGGUGCAACCAAUACAGCACUGCUGCACCUGUUCUGUCUUUGUGUUUUUUGUUUUUGUCACUUUAGCUCUGUGCUGCCACUUUCUUGGGCAAAACUACUGAAAUUUUGUUUAGACAACUUUAAAAAAUGAUGUUGCACAUACCACUGCUUUGAUAUUUCUCAAAUUUGGCAACAAGAUUGCUCUUCUUAGUUGCCAUUGUUUAACGAAGCAUUUAUCGUCACUGAACAAGAAGGUAGGGCUGGUUUAUCUAUGUUCUUGUGAUAUUUUUCUAGC